AUGUCUUCGAAAGGUACCACCGUUCCAGUAAACUUCGGAACAGCUCUGUCUGUUCUCUGUUUACUUCUUUAUUCUGCGGGAUUUAUUAGGGUCGAGGUGAAGUUUAAUGAUCACGAAGAAAGGCUGUUGGCUGUCGAGGAAGUCAUUUCUCAAAUGACGAAGCAUAGAAAGGCGGUCACCUCAGCUGGAGGUAAAGUUUAACGAUAUUUUUGUCUCUUAACAAGUUAACCCAUUAGCGCUAGCUCCUUUCAAAUUCAUCGCAUUUAAUUGAAACGAGGGAGCGUUUGGUGUGGGUGGUGUGCACUCGUUCCCUACGGAAUGGCGUGUCAACUUUUUGCGGGCCAUUGCUAUCAACUGUCACGUAUAUUGUUAUUAAAUCGAGACGCAAGAGACGAUGGCUUACGGAAACAAACUUGCACGUUGAAAAAGAAAGCUCCGCAAAAUUGCAAGCGAUGCGAAAAUAUCUUGGCCCCAAUUGUUCAAAAUAAAUCUGUAGAUCCGAGGGACAACGCAAUUGUUUCCCUACUCUGCUGGGGGGUCCUGCUGGACAGUUAUCAAUUGCGGCGCGUAACGUAAGUUUGAACACGUGUUUAAACAUCUAGGCCCUGGAGUAGUACUCUUAAUAAUGUAUGGAAUUUUAAUUCUAUUCUCUCUUGGUUUUGCUCAUGAAACUGAUAUUUUCCUUGUAUAAAUGGCGGCUACAGGCAGGUAUUUAGGGUUUUUUUUAAUACUCCACUUUACCAGAUUUAUGGCAAUGUGUUUGUCAGUAAGCACUUCUAAAUAAAUCGAUAACUGCGUUUAAUUUUUUUCCCCAUUAGCCAUGGGAAAUUCAAUGCUCCUAAAGAAACCAAGGCACAAGGAGGAAAGUACCAAUGAGAAACUGCGUAGAGUUGCGCGGCAUAUCACAAAUAACCAACCAUUUAAUACGUCAGCUAACAUGAAGCAGGUCUUAGAAGAUGUUGUAACCUCGAGCUUUAAGAAGAUAUGUCAAAACACUGGAACCUGGAACGUUUGCCCGCGUGGACUGACGGGACCUCCUGGGAGAGAUGGACCCAAAGGCGACAAAGGGAACCAGGGGAGGAGGGGUAAAAAAGGAAUAAUGGGACAGUCUGGCAGAAGUGGAAAACAAGGAAUUAUGGGGCCACCAGGAAUAAGGGGAGAAAAAGGAGUGAAAGGUGAUAUUGGUGCACAGGGUGUUCCAGGAAUGAAAGGCGAACCGGGAGAAUCCAUUUCCGCUCCAAAAGUGACAGUUUCGUCUUCUCAUCUGACAGUAAACGAGAGUAACACUGCGGUUUUACUGUGUUCUGUUUCGGGAAAUCCCGUCCCACAACUGGCUUGGUCACGUGUAGGCGGCGUGUUGCCUAGCAACCGAACAAAGGUCUCCUCAGAAGGUCUGCUGCAGAUUAAUAAAGUGCGACUCGAGGACGCUGGGGCAUACAAGUGCGUGGCGCGAAAUAUUCUGGGAAGGGAAGAAAAACGUGCGAGUCUGGUUGUAGAAAGUAAGCAGUAACCGAUUGUUAAGACGAAGUGAUUAGCGUACGUGUACGUUCUAGUCAUUUCUACGGUCCAUUAAAGAAAGCGGCUUUUUGUGCCAGUUUUGCUGCCAUUUCGGCGGAUUUCACGGUGAUUUCUCGCAGCAAAACUGAAUUCAUACGCGGCCCUAUUUAGACCUGGCUUUCCAGCGACCGAAGGAGGCUUCGCAGGUGUCCCCUUUAUAACUUCAAAACCGCUUAUGCUACGGUCACCAAAAUUACAGAGAAUAACGUGCUCGUCAUUUCCAACGCCGAGGCAUAACUUGGCUGACACAAUGACGUUCAAUUUAUUAGCAGAAUGCAAAAGAAAUUAAGAACUGUGGAAAAAAGGAUGUUUAGGAAACAACAAGUUCAUCAAGUUAUAAAAUUCCGGGGGUAAUUUAGACUAAAAAAAAAAAAUAGAAUUGGUCAUUUUAAAUUCUCUCUUUUUAAUUAUCUCAAUUCAGUCAUUAAAAAGCCUGCAUUACAAUAACAGCUAUAAUAACUUUGAUUAAAAAAAUAUAGCUAAAUUAACUGUAAUGUUAUAGCAGGAGCCGAUUACAAUCGGCUCCUGGCUAGUAAAGAUAGAAAUAAAUCCUAUUUAUAGGAAAAAUUAAGCAAAAUUUUGGAAAACCAGGCUGCGAAGACUCGGUUGCCAUGGCAACAUCAAUGUUAAGGAUCACGUCACGACGACUCAAAAAAUGUUCCCAGAAAUUGAUGCAUCUUUUCCAGUCGCAAGGGGGGAUUUAAAAGCUCCCUCAGGUUGAAUAGGGUUAAGAAUGUUGAUUUUUUAUGUGGUUUAUCUAUAAUCUUCUGCACGAUGUUUAACAAAAACAUGGAGCUGACGUGAUAAUUGAUGACAUGGCAUGCACACUGUCUUUUCUAUGAAUAAUUAAUUUGCCUGUGUAAACGAAUCAUAAAGUCAACCUUUUGAAGUUUUUAGUUUAUUUCAAUUACAGUUUUCCUUUUAAACUUUUUAUUUCACUUAGUGAAUAAUAAAAGAUUGACCAAAAGUUGCACAAAACAAAACGACAACAAUGAGUUUUUGUUCCUUUGUAUAACAGCUCGUUGUGAGUAAAAUUUGGUUUAGCUUUGGUCUUCUGUGACGUCUUUGUUUAAUUUCUUAUUUAUAUUAUUUUGUUUUGUAUGUCUGUCUCUCCAGGUCAACCUAAGAUAUCCUUGUCAUUUGGCCCAUCUCAUGUUAUUAAGGGCAAAAACAUUACCUUACCGGUAUGUUACGUGACUGGCUUCCCGUCACCAAAGAUCACUUGGCGUAAAAAUCCUGGAAACCUGGUGCAAGCAAGAACUCUUCAGAAAGAUGGACGAUUGUCGAUAAAAAAUGCUCAAAAAAGUGAUUCUGGUCUGUACAAAUGCGAAGCUUCAAAUAACCUAGGACUUGACUCGGCUGUUACACAGCUUAACGUUGUUGAGUUAGCCCGUUUUACGGUCAGUCCACCAUCACAGCUUGAAGUGAGCACAGUGCAGAAUAUCACAGUCCGCUGUCAGGCUGCUGGAGAUCCACAACCAACAAUCACUUGGAGGAAGGAGGGCGGCAAACUACCUGCAGAAAGAUCAAGCGUCAGUGCUGACGGAACUUUGAAAAUCUGGAACCUUAAAGAGCGGGAGGACCAGGGAAGAUAUACUUGUGUUGCCUCGUCAGAUGAAAUUUUUAAGGCGGCUUUCUCUACAAUGAAAGUAACCGUCAGAAAGCCGGGUAAGAUAGAGCUUAUUAUUGCAGUCGAGACUCGUGUUGAUAUGGGUAUCAUCAUAUCAGUACCAUAGAAUUUGUGGAAAUAAUUAGGAGGCAUAGAUAACUGGCCUGUACUUUACCAUUUCGCCUUUGUUCUCUAGAUCUAGGAGUGACGAAUGGCACAUUUCUCAACACGUCUAGAGAACUUUGCUAUAAAAUUCGAGGCUUAGUUUCAAGGCACCGCGACGGAAAAUAUCGGACUACGAUUUUCUAUGCAACAUUCGCCAGCCCUACAUUAUUGAACUGGCUCGUUAAAUUUAAUUAAUCGCGCAAUCGUGAAACGAAACUCGCUCAUGUACAUUGAAAAAUGAAACAGUUGUUUCGCAUAUUUUUUAACACACUUUCCGCAGGCAAUAUCAUAUCACUAAAGAGCAGUCCUUACAUUUACACUGACCGAUUUCCAAUCGAUUUGACGCAAAAGUCGGCUAUUUCGGGCGCUGUUAUCAUAAUUAGGUCCCGCACGUCGAUGAUGAUUCGAAUUAAGCGCAACUUUGGGGCGCUUUUUUAAUUGAAUUCCAUCCGCCAUGUACACAACCAACGUAACAGGGUGGCAAAGAGGUUUUCCGUGACGCGUGAUGGCCCCAAAUUAUCAGCGUGAUGCCUGAUCGGGACCACAUUAGCUGCGUGAGGUGUGACCAGGCUUAGCAGCCGGGGUGCGCGGUUUACUAUUUUCAUAACGCGUGACGCGUGAUUUUCCUUUUGGAUUGCCGUGAUUGGUGAAUAUCAUUUGAAACUAGAAACACAGAAAUUAAAAACAGACAGUCAUGACUUCAUUUUCGGGUUAUUUAUCUCGUUCCUCAAGCUCGCCUAAUCUCCUGUCAGAAUCCUACUAGAACUUCUAUUCGCUAUAUUCUUUUAGUAUAUACACACUCAGCGAUCUUGGUGAUUUAAGGAACCUGAUUGGUUCGCUAUCUCGGACUGUUCAACAGUAUUCACCUCCUAGCGAGUGGAUAAUGUGUGGGCUCGUUUUUUUCCCCCAUUUUCUUAGAGACAUAUCUUUUAAAAGUCGACAAAAUCCUAGGGUUGACUUUUUUUCAGGCAAGAAAAGACCUCGAAGGAUUCAAAACGCCGUUUUUCCAUUUACUGUUGUUGAGUUUUGUGGUCGAUGGAUUGUUUACAACUCCCGUUUAAAUUCGCCUAGAAGAGGCCGUUUUGUGAACUCAGCGUUUCCUAGUAAGAAAAAUUUGGCCCAACAACGAAAUUUAUUUAUGACAAACAAAUUUGAAAGCAAAUAUUUGCAGAAAUUCUACGUUUCAAGUAAACACGGGAAAGAAUGCUACAUUGAAAACGACGUCUUACCUCGAGGAACCGAAUCGCCAUUUUUGUCAGCACUUCAUGCGAAGAACGACACAACAAACCUUUUCGGCUAUAAACUUGGCGAGUCAACAGAAAACAACAAAGCUCUUAUUUUCUUCUCAGGUAAGGAAACAAUUCAAACUUAUAGCGGUUCCACUGAAGUCAUUACGCUGUUGUUUGCGAAGUGAUUAUAAGCUUGUGAAUUGCCUAGCCUGAAAUUCAUCCGAUUGCUUCGAGUCGUUUUCUCCUCUCAACAACGUCUGAAUCGACCGGCCGUUAAUGCCGUCCAGUGACGUCACUCACUACCCGAAAACCGGGUAGUGAUUUUGAUUGGUUGAUUGUCUAAACAUUCGCAUAAUUAUGAAUAAUUAUGAAAAAUUUUAGCGGGAUUGUCGCUUGAUUUUCAGCGGAUCGCAUCCCUGGCAUGGCAUUCUUUCGUGUAGUUCAAACAUUUCGAUAAGCUUAAUCUUUAUCUUAAACAGCAAAAUUGCCCUUGUCUUCGAAACUGAAAUGCUAAAUUGAACUGCGAAUGAAGAAUCAUUGCGGAGAGUCGGUAGGUUUUUCAUUUAGAGCCGCUUUGUGGUUUCGGCGGCCGCUAAUUUUGUUUACGCGAAGUUUUCUAAGAGCAAUGCGACCUUCUUGCUAUUUUCACCUUCAGAUGUAAUGAUUCUGUUAGCUUUUCUUUCUUGUUUUCUUGUUUUUUUCUUCAUUAAGGACCAAAUAGCUUCUUUUCAAUUGAAGCAAAUCAUUGUGUUUUUGAACUAAGUGUUUCGUGUGUGUUUAUUUCAUUGCGUGAUUGAGACCGGGUUUGAUUAUAGAAUUCAGUACAACCGGUUCAGAGUUGUACUGCAUGCAGUUGAUAGUUUGAACGUUAAACAUGAAUUACGAUCGAAAAAAUAAAGCAAUUCUGUAUCAUGCAGACAUUUCCAAACGAUAUUUCUCGGUUUGCCACUUACUUUACAUUUGCUUUACUUUUUGCAUGAAUUAAAGCAAAUGUCAAGGAGUAGUGACGUCACUGGACGGCAUUAACGGCCGGUCGAUUCAGACGUUACUGAGGGAGUAAUAACGACUCGAAGUCAUGGGAUGAAAUUCAGGCUAGUGAAUUGCCAUGUUUGAAAAUUCUACAAAGAUCUAUUUUUAAACUGCCGCGUGUCUAGCUGACCUGAUCUGUCAAUCAAAUCGUACUUUUCAAUGGUUUCCUCUCUGAUUUUGUUGAGAUCGCUUCGUGUGUAUAUACUAAAACUAUUAUUCUUUUCAAUCUCGGUGAAUAGUGGCUUUAGGAAUAUUUACCUCGCCACUUCGUGGCUCGGUAGAUAUUUUGCCACUAUUCACCUCGAUUUCAAAGAAUAAUUGUUAAAUAUAGCCUGUUCCAGGGCCCGGUUGCAUAAAACGUCCGUAACAACUACGGGUACACGUACGUGCACUCGUAACUUAAGUCAGUUGCAUUAAAUCACUUAAGUGGUCCACUUAGGGAAUUCACUUAAGUGGUUGCACUUACGAUUUUCGUAAGUGUUCACUUAAGUGUCGUUUAUGCAACAGAAAUUGCGGGUGUUGCAUAAAACGUUUUUUACGGGAAAAAUAGCACGUAAAUUUACGGGACCUAUGUAGGUCCCGUAUCGUUACUGUUUUUACUAAAUUUAACGAGAUCUUUUACUGAGAAGUGAAAAAAAGUAUUUUUCUUCACGUAAUUCGUUCUAAUGCGCUUUGUUAACCUCUGAUGUACACUUUUGUGAAAAAAGAAGAAGAACUAUCAUUUUCAGUAGAUAUUGAAGAAAAAUAACGUUUGCAUGCAAAUUUCAUUUUUUGAGAGUAAAAGUGUUGGAAACGACUUUUAACUUUCUUUACACUCACCGAUGGUUAGCUAAAAAAAAAAAAAAAAGUGAAUCGUUAAUAAAGUACUAUAGCAAGGUUACGUGUGCCCUUAAGUGAGCCCGUAAGUUAUCACGUAAAACAGAAACUUACGAGAGUGCUAAGUGUGUUCCAUGCAACACCCGUAAGUGUACCCAUAACGGAUUCGUAAGUGACCUACUUAAGUGAGCACUUAAGUGCAGGUUUUAUGCAACCGGGCCCAGGCGUUCAGAUUGUAGAAGGCAGGCGAAAAUUUAUGACGAAAAAAAAAACAUAAACGAGGGGAGACUGCACGGCGACUAUGGAGGAAACUCUCGCUCUCCCCCUAUUCUCCCCUCGUUUUCCCCCUCGUUUUUUCCGAGUACGAUUUAACUCGCUCCCCACCAUCUAAAUUCCGCGCUCUACUAUCUGAACUCCUGGAAUCGUGCUGCAUGGUUAAUAUAGUUAAUAGAGAGGUUAAGCAUCACGUUUACGUCUAACGGCAAACGCGAAUUUGUACCCCUUGACAAGUUUCCCCUUUACUUGGCGUUUACUGUGCAGUAUUCAUUGAACAUACCGUAUUUAUUCGAUUAAACUCCGCAGCGUUUAUUAGAUUUUUCGUGAUUCGAGGGCAGCGUUUAUUCGAGGGCGGCGUUAAUUUAAAAUUCAAUUGAUUUCUUGCAAACAAUAGUAAGGUAACUGAACAUUUGAAUUUCACUUCGAGCUGAAAAACAUUGUUAUCAAUGAAAGCAAAUUUCCAAAGCGUAAUUACAAUAAGAUGAACUACCGUAUAUUGUUGUCGUGUUUUGAUUAUGUUCCUUUGAGCUUCGAAUGUACUGAUCUUAAAACAUUGUUACAAUCAAGGAAAAUAUUUUGUUAGGCUUGCUUAACCUUGAUUAUCACUGCAUUUGCUUAAUGAGUCUAGGGUUAUUCUUUAAUCGAAUAAAUACGGUAAAUUAGUAGUUUCACGCAAUUUUUUAUCAAUAAGAAUUUUUCUGAGCUUUUUUUAUCUGCUCAUUUUCUAUUUUGAGAAAUUCUCAGCUUGAAUCUGACGUUUGCCGUUUGCCGUUUGCCGUAAGCUUAGACUGUCUAAUAUUUGAACAACUCCAGAUUCCAAUGAACCCUUUUGUACAAUUAAGGUCAUUCAACUAACCGUUAACGCGUAAUCCUACCCAAAAAUGACGUUGAGAACCAACAGAGAAUCAUUCUCUCAUGUGAGAACUAUUUAAUGGACCUGAUUCAUUCAGUAGGAGAGAUAUUGCUAUGUUAAAAUAGUGCAAUUGCACUUUAUUUACGUGAUGUGUGAGGCCCUAAAAAAGGUCAGCGUGAUGCGUGAUAGGUCCCCACCCCCCCCUUAUGCGCCGGAUUGCUAAAGACUGCUGCUCAAAAUACCACCUUCCUUAAAACCGCUGACAGAUCGGGCACUAUAAUGCGUGCAAAAUCGCCGUUCUUGAGAAGUGUGGGGAUGAGCCUUCGUCUUUUAAGUCUUCCGACUUCGACGAUGUGAUUUUUUUUUUCUAGAUCGUAAGCGAUGGAAUCGUGAGUGGAGUCGGAAUCAAAUAAAAAUGGUCUUAUUCCUUCUCCUGUGAUGCCAUCGAGCUAAUGAAUUCCCUUACAACAUUUUUUUUAAAAUUCUCACUUGCUGAUAAUCCUGACUAUUUUAACUCCGAUUAUACGACUCCGAAUUAAACUCCGCCGUUAGUGUAAAUCAUAUUCAAACAUUGUGCAGCAGUCUAAGAUUUUGCAGAACACACAAUUUUGGGGUCCCGAGCUCCGAAGUUUAAGAGCCACUGUUUGGUAAUAUUCUUAUUUGUAAUCGUAAUGAUUUAACAAUCAUUAUAAUCGUUCGAAUCGAACUGACAUUUUCUUGUUUUUCAGCAUGUGUUCCAUUAGGAGUAGCAAGCACAAGCUCAAAUCCUGACGCUAGAAUGACGGCAAGCACGUACUAUAGUAGCAGUUAUUACCCAUACUAUGGGCGGCUGCAUGGAAGUCGAGGACACGGAACAUGGUGUACAAAGACUACGACUGACAGAACAGACUACCUUCAAGUUGAUAUGGGUAAGGAAUAUUCUAUUUGUGCAUUGGCAACACAAGGAUGUAAGAGUUGUAGUGGCGCAUGGACCACCGGCUACAAAGUUUAUGUUUCGUCACAAGCGGUCACUUGGAACACGUACAAAGAAAACAAUGCAGAAAGAGUAAGCUUAUUAACUUCACUUAAUACUUUGUUUAAGUUCUCUUAG